AUGAUUCUCUCUCGCAAUACUGCUUCAAAGAUAUCCUCGGACACCUCCUCUUCUCCGCCGCCGUCCUCGUCCUCGUCCGCACGACCUCACCUCGGCACAUCUCCUGUGGUCAAGUUUAAACGCCACCAGGACUUUCACUGCAGCUUCAGACGCACUUGGGGAAAAUAUCACUCGACGAGGAAACUCCUGAUACUUUCCGAAGCAGCAGCAGCAGGAGCUGAGGCGACCGUCAACAUGAGUCUCAAAGCUGACACAGAGCCCAACAACAACGUGUCCAUCGAGGAGGAGGUAAGUUUAUCUCAAGUUUGAACCCGCAGCAGAAAAAAUACAGAGACAGACCGACGAGCUCGUGCUCAGGUAGCCCUGCACAGGAAACCGUAUCCGGUCACAUAUUUGGACACAGCGGGAAAUGAGCUAAAAUGUUGCCUUCGUUUUCCUUUAAAAAGGAUUACCAAAGUUCCCACACCAAAGUAAAUUAUUAGAUAAAGCUUAUCCUCGAAACAAUUUAUAUCAAAGAGCGCUGAAGUCUUAUUUUCUCAGACUUAAACGCACCACCAGGUGUAAACAAUUAGCUAACAAAUCAAGUUAACAGAUUGGCUAAAUCAGUGAAAUGUCAUUUAUUUUUCUUUAAAUUUAAAGUAUAUUGUAGUCUGUAGAGUCUUUAGUUCGGUGUUUUCAUGCUGACGGGCUCACGGUGUUUUAUCAGCCUUGAACAUCUUUGGAGACAAUAGCAAAAUAAUUCAAGAUAUGACAUAAAAAUAUUCUCUAAAUCAGGAAAAAAUGCCUCCAUCUUAAUUUAAAAAAAGAUAAAAUGUCUCAUUAAUAUAGUGGCUUAAACAGCUAGGAUCUUUAUAUUCCUAAUAUCAAAUAAUUUUCCUUUUUUUCAUUAUAUUGAUUUUUUUCUGCAUACAUGAGACUAUAGUUUAAUUUAGCUUGAGUAACUGUAGACAAACUGAGCAAUAAAGGAAAGAUAAACCAUACUGUAGUUGUAAGAAUCUAUUAUCAAUGAAAAUAGAUAACCGAUCCAGUAUCUUUAUCUAUCACUGACUGUAGUCCAUAGGCAUUUUACCCUGUGAUAAAACACCCAUUUUGUUUAUUUACAACAUAAACACAUUUCCUGAAGUCAUUUUUCUCAUAAUCUCAUAAUUUCCCACCAUUGUUAUGGAGUAGGUGGUCCAGUCUUGCACCAUUUGAUAACGGUAAUAUCUUGGCCAAAUAUUAAUCAUUACCAAUGACACAAUCCCUUUAGUUUCCAAAGCACACGACUCUCAAUUCUUUCAGUAUUGCUUAAACCAAAAUGCUUUGAAUUGUAUUCUGAAGUUUCCCAGAGUGACUGCAGUCUCCAGGAUUGCCAACAGAUGUGUGUAAGAUCUGCCUCUUCAUUUCCCACAUUACCGUCAAUGUUGUUGUUUCAAGUCAGUGUGUUCACUCUUAUUUUAGGUGUGAUGAAGCAGCAGUUUUCCACUCCAUCUGGUUAAAUCUGUAGUGGUGUGUUGUGUUUCACACAUCUUGAGCCAAUCUUCUGUUGUAAUCCUGGUUUUUGGUCAUUUUUCCUCCUAGUCCGAAUGAAAAUUAUUAGGGAGGCUUUAUUUGUAUUUUUCAAACUCUGUUUAAAUCUGUCAUCAUAAGUAAAACCAGCUCAACAAUCCCACUUCCCUUUUUAAUUCAGAUUGUUAAAUCAAAUUAAAGCAGACAUUAGGUCCAUCUCUAGUGCCUCACCUCCUUCAAUAUCACUCGUUGGAUUAUGGACAAGGUUAAAUCUAUUUGGGAAUAAAAAUUGAGACCAAACUAAUAAUUUUUGAAUUAACUCAGCCUGAUAAACUUCCCUCCUUUUUUUUCCAGCUGUCACUCGCUCUGUCGCUCUGUGUGGCCAGCUGUAUUUCCUCUUUAAUGACUCCUUAUGGAGACACGCUGAGGGGAGCACCAGGCCUUUUGUUGCUCCUCCUUUGUUCCCAUUAUCUUACUACAAGGACACGUGUGCCCACUUGACUUGUUCUACCCGGAUUUGCUUUAGUGUUUUCUUCUUCUUGUUAACGAGAACAAAGAUUGAGCAAACAAGUCAGAAAUGUUGUUACGAGCCUUUUGAGAGACUCAUCGAAGAAAAUUGCAGCAUCUUCAGCUACCAGUAUCCCUGUUUGUUUAGUGUUUUUAAGUAUUUGUCUAAAAUUAAGACUGUUAGGGUUUUAUUAAUGAAAACACUGAAUGGCUGGACUUCAGUGCAGUUUAAAGGCUACAGACUGAAAAUCAAAGAGAAGCCGGUGGACACAUUAAAACAUCUCCAUUGACUCUGUGUCCAGCUGUGCCGGCUUUACAUCGCUGUACGCUCUGACUUGUGGAGGGCUGAGAAAUGCUGCUGUGCGGCACCUGAAAAAUGCCGGAGGGCUGGCGGGGCCAGGGCUGCGGGUCAGAGGAAGGAAAUGGUGUCACGCUGUGCUCUGUUGUCCGCUGCUGUUCCUCUGGCAGCCCCAUUGUACUGAGGGCCUCCCCACCGGCUGGGAACUAAUGGGGCCUCGUACUGCACGCUUGUUUCUACAACCACAGAGGAUAGAACGCAGCCUCAGCUUUCAAUAUCUGAUCAAGAAAAGACCAGGAGGUCCUUAAAGGGGGUCCCAGGGGGGCUCCCAGUAGGGUUUACUUUUAUGGUUUGACAUGUAACAUGUUGGAGGAAAACAAGGAGGAAUGAAAUUCAGUGUCUGCUGUUUUUCAGAUGAGUUAGUCGUAUCAGAUCUGGUGGAUUUGUGUCCCUCGUCACUUUUAUCAAGACUUAAUAUUUUUAUCAUAAAGGCUCAAAAGCUCAGUUUAACCUGGGGUCAGAAGGGGUCAUAUGAUAAAUCUGAGAUCAAGUUAAAAAAAAACUUAAAUGCAAAAUUAAGCCUCUUUGUAAAUUGAUAACUGUAUAUUUGCCAUUCUCAGGCCUCAGUGACUCAGCCCUACAGAAACCUUUGUUGACAGUACAUUAUUGCUCAGUAAAUGCGGUAAACUUAUAGUAAAGAGAAGAGUGAUAAACCUGACCAACUGAUCUUUAUAUAUAUAUAUAUCUUUUUAACCUUUCCCAAAUAAAUUUAAAAAGCUUUUCUGAUUGUUCCCUUUUUUACUUAUUGGUACCUGAUAAAAAUAAGUGUGUGUGGCCUAUGCAGUCAAGUUCAUCUGUAAAUAUUCAGGCACAUUUCUGAUCCUACAAGAUGCUGAAUUUAAAAAAAAGCUUAUUAAAUUGAUAAAAUGUCAUUUUUUUCCUUUGCAGGUACGAACACUGUUUGUCAGCGGUCUACCAGUUGACAUCAAACCCCGGGAACUCUACCUCCUCUUCAGACCUUUCAAGGUAGGCUACAAAAUAAUAAAUAUGAAAGCCUCAAGGGGAAUAUUUUCAUAAAUUGUAACAGACUUGACUUUCCACAUUCUUGCACAAAUCAACCUCCUGAUAGUCAGGAAUAUGAAAAGAUCAAUAGAAAGUGUUUCUAAAAGGCUAAUCUGCUCGCAGAGAAAAAUUGUUAGAAAACAGGUGCUGAAGGAGUGACUGUGAUCCUUUCGGGAGUAUUAUUCCCUCCAGCAGCAUUUGAUGCUCCAGCUCACACAGUAGAAAGUUUAUGUGCUCCUCUUUUGUACAUAUUUUCGAACAAUCCCUCCGUUAAUGGAGCUCCGGAUAUUUGCAUUUAUGGAAAUGAGGCCACAUCAUUGUUCGCCCAUCGCCCUGAGCUUCUGACCGGACUCCACCUCCAUAAACACCCCUCCCACCCGUGUCCUAACUAACCAAAUUGGAAGUGGUAUCCCUCGCACAUGGAUGACCCUGUGGAAUGUGUAAAUGAGUAGCUCUCGCUAUUGGCCAACCAACCCUCUCCGUGACCCAGCUCGCUCACUGUGUGGAGGCAUUACAGUUUCGCAUCGUAGCAUUCAGAGAUUGUGAAACCACUUGAGUGUUUUGUUUUCUUAAGUCAUUGUACCAGGUUUGCCUUUUUCACCUUUUUUUUCUACAGCAGGCAAACAGAGAGAGCAGAGUGUGUGGAAAUCACUUUAAAUCUCUUCAGGUGUGACGCAACUAAAACAAAAAAAGCUUUUUUCUUUGACAAACCUCUGAUAUUGACUGUAUUCUUCCUCACUUUCUCCACUGGAUAAGCAAUCUGGUUGGAGCUUGUUGCAAAGGAUUUAUCACAGCUUGUUUAAUUUUCCAUGACUGUAAAUCAGGAUCAGGAGAAAUCUCAUUUGUCAGACACUUGUCAGGAAAAUUUCCCCUGUUUCUUUGGAGUUCAAACCUCACCAAACCUUUUUCUUUGACGUAGUGUGUUUGGUAAAAACCCUGGAAAUCUUAAACCACAGGAAAAUAAAGCCAUCGUGUACCUUUCCCUAAACCAAAUCUGGACCUCUAUGUUUUAUUUUGACCGGUAUGGAUCACAUUUUCACAACGCUAUAAAAGCUGCAAUAAUUGAAAUAAGUACGUAUAUUAUUUUACCAUAAUAACCUAGAGAGACACUUGAACAGACUGACUCCUGGUGUCUCGCUGUCAAGCUCAGAGUGAAGGUGCACACAGGCAGGUCCCUCUUGAUAAAGCAAGAAAAGUUCAUGCCUGACUUCCUGCAUGUGACUGCUGCAGGGUGGAUAAUUGGCUAUCUCUCUUCCCCACAGGGUUAUGAAGGGUCACUGAUUAAGUUAACAUCAAAACAGGUGAGAUGCCGCCCAUCAGGGGAAGAAACUGCUUUACUACACACUUGAAUACCCAAGAAAUAAAUAGCUGUGCAGCUCUAUUUCUGUUGUCAGUUUGCUUGACAAUAAUAAAUUCGUCACUUUUCUUACUGCUUGGAUUUUUUUAUUAGCGGCAUGAAUAAAGCAAUAAUUUUUUGUGACAUUUUGAAUGAAUAUUUGAACAAAAAUCACUUUAUAAGUUGUUCAGUUCCAAGAAUUUCAGUAGCCACAGUAUGCUUAAAAUACAUUAAUACAUAAGUUGACUAAAAAAUGCUUCUUGAGCUUGAGGAUGCUCCUGUUCUGUGUUGGUUUUUAAGCUUCUUUCUUCCCUUUUGCCUUCUAGCCAGUCGGGUUUGUAACCUUCGACAGUCGCUCUGGAGCUGAAGCUGCGAAAAAUUCACUAAAUGUAAGCAUUCACUCGUUGUUUUUAUUGAUUUAUUCCAUUUUUUCUGUUCAAUUUUCCCUCUUGUUUAAACAAAUCCUCAAUGUCGCUUUGUAUUUCUUUAGAUUUGUUCUAACUUUUGCUUAAACCUGAAGAGAAAAACUGAUCUGGGGAAAAACUCGUCUUUCCCGUAAACCUUCUCAAAGCCAACCCAUUUUGUCUUUUUAUAAUUCAAUGGCAGGGCCAUUUUUGGAAAGAGGCCAGAAUCCCGUAGCCUUACGGUAGUUUACUUUGACCUUGAUACACAUCCCUUCUUAGUCUGGUAUAGCUUUCCUUAUUUUGCAUAUCACUGCUUUACUGUAAUACCUGUUCCAUAGCCACAUGUGUAGUGUUAUUUGGACACAUCUUCAGUAGUGUAACCUCUUAUUUUGGCACCAAGUAGCCCACAUUGGCAGAAUCUAACACUUCUCUCUCAUAGCCUCUAGCUUUCCUUAUGAGCAUCACCUCCUAGACACACCAGCAGUCACACACACAGACACACACACACACCAAAAUACUACUCACCUGCAUGUGGGCACAACGCUUAGGGCACAAGAACACACGCAGGGUUAAACCACCUAAAAGGAUUUACACUCAAAGUCCCGCCGUCGGCCCCUUUUCCUCGUCUCCCUCUCCUCGUGCCUCGUGUGACGGGUGAACUCCUCCCCCUUGUUGCUUGUGCUCUGCAUUUCGUCACGAGGAAAAGGAGACGCAAGCCUGUUGAAAUAAUUCAGGAGUGUAUCCUUCAGUCUUCCCCCUUUUUUAUUGGAGAAUAUUUUGUGAACAAUUUUAACAUCACACUGGAGGAGAAAAAAUAAUUUAGCUGAAGGGAAGCUCGAAGGAAACAUCUUGAGUAUGGAAACAGCUUUAGGAAAGGAGACCAUGUGAGACUACUGAGCUACAGCCCCCUCAAACUCAGCCCACUUCCCUUACUAUACUAUGUCCCCUCCUUCCCCUCCUCCGUCUCUCCCUCAGGGUAUCCGUUUUGACCCCGAAAGCCCCCAGACCCUGCGCUUAGAGUUUGCUAAAGCCAACACGAAGAUGGCAAAGAGUAAGCUGAUGGCCACACCGAACCCCACAAAUAUCCACCCUGCUCUAGGAGCUCACUUCAUUGCACGGGACCCAUGUAAGUUGUACGGCUGCACCACUCUAGGCUCUCUCAUCCACUCUCACCUUGGCAACGCCAGUACUCAAAUACCCUUCUGACCCUUUUUUAAAAAAUGUGUCUGAAGAUGUUGAGGCAUUGAAGACAAAAAUGGGAAGGGGUUAAAUCAGAAGCUAACAAAUGAAGGACUAACUCACCUCCACAUGCAUGUGCCAUCUCAACUCUUCAGAAAGCCGCUUUGCUUCUGUCCAGCUGGGAAACAAGUGCUCUCACAGGGUUAGGUCAGCAGUUGUGUCUCUGCUCUUUUUGCAUGAACACCUGCUGAACUCUUUAGAUUUGGACAGGCAAGGGUUGAUAACGGUAUGAAGCUGCACUCAGACCAGAUUUCAUAAAAAUUAAACUGUGUGGUAACUGGUGGGUGUUGUUGUUUGCUGUGGGAGACUGCAGAUCGGCAAAUUAUGAAUUAUUCCCUGAUUACUAUUAAAUUUAAAGUCAUCAAACUCCUCUUUAUCUUGUACUUGGGGUUUGUACAAAUGAAAGGACAGCGCCACCUAAGGAAUUUCCUUGCGAUCACAUGAUUCAAAGUCCAAAUUAGAUAGUUCAUGUGUGAAGCAGGUGAGGCAUCAUCCAAGUAACUGGCAACAUUAGUAUAAGUCUUUGAUUUUCGAUAAAAUGCAGUUUCAGGGAGUUUUCCAGUCAUUUUACAAAUCUAUAAUUUAACCAAUGAGCCCCCAAGAUCUUAAAGCUAUGGUGCUGGCAGGGAUUGUAAUAUAAGCCAAAUUGUAAGCAAUCACUAUGUCUUAAGAAGUUUUUUUUGUCCAGUACUGAAGUUUAGGUACCUGAUGAAAAAUAGUUUUCCCUCUUGUAUACAUUUCAGUUUCAAGUACUCCCUCAAUGAUUCCUCAUUUUAAUCCAUAAUAAAUGUUAUCCCAGGACACUUUACGAAGUGCAAACGUAGAUCAUACUUGUUUUUCUCCUCUAUACCCAUGCUACAUUGUUUAGUCUCUUACUAAAGGAAAGCAGUCACAAAUUUCUCCUGGUUGCGUUUUUCUGCCAGUGACACCAAACAGCAGAGUAGAGGAAAAUCCCCUGAAUUACUCAAUUUUGUCAACUUAAGCAGCGUAUCAUAGGGCUGGUAGGUACUAGUUCACCAGCCACUCAUUAUAUGGUGCUCUGUGUUGUAGAAAAACCCAAUUUUAUAGUGCUGUUUGAAUCACGAGUGAAAUUAUUAAAGCCCAUAAGGUGCACUCAGAAAUUUUUAGAAAGCUUUAUUGAUGUAAAAUAAAGGCUUUUUAAAAAAAUAUCGAGGAGUAACAGUUUUUUUCCUCACAACGCCAGAUAGGAGACCUUUGUUUGUAUGCACGAGAAAGGGUUUUGUGCAAAAUUUGGGAUUUAAAUUUUGUACUAAAACAUAUUUGUCUAGGGCUGCAUAUUGACAUGUAAGACAGCAGUGGGAUCAUCAUUCAGUGUCCAAUGGGAUAACAGUAAUUUAGGGUAUUCAUAAGACUCAUUAUUGACUUACUUCAUGAAUUUAAAUGAAACAAAAAGAAACUAUUGAGAUGUUGGUUUCACUUUGAUGAAAAGGAUUAUAUCCUUGGAUCACUGCUAAAAAGACUUUUAAUAAAAUGUUGCACAAUGUCUGAAGAACUUCAGUAUCAGUGAGUACCACUUCAGUUACUUCCAUCUGGCAAGAAAAAUGCAAAACAAUGAUUGAUGUCCUAUUUGCUAGGAAAGGAUUUCAACCCCUUCACAGUCGAGGGUUCUCAAAAAGUACGGGUACCCCUGAGGAAGGGGAGGGUCAGGUUGGGAUGAGGUCAGAGAUAUCUCAUAGCAACUCCAAGCAAAUGUAUCUGGAAGUGUUUCACAUAAAAAAUGAGUUUGACAUCUGGUCUGACUGCACCUUUUAUAAGAUUAAAGUUUUUCAGGCUCCACUUAUGAUCUUUAUUUACUUUAAAUUUAUAACUAGAAUGAAAUCCAUAUCUGACAUAUAUCAAAACAUUAUGACAGCGCAAACCGUGACAAAUAUCUUGGUUUCAUGACACAUUUGAUUGUUAUUGAAAAUUUCAGCCUUAUUAACUUUGUGCUUGAAAGACAAAUCUGUUAAGGGCUGGGUCAGUCAGCUUUGUGUUUCCCGUCCUCCUCUUCUCCAGAUGAUCUGACGGGGGCAGCACUGAUUCCAGCAUCUCCAGAUGCCUGGACUCCGUACCCCCUGUACACCACAGAGCUGACCCCGGGCCUCCCUCACGCAGCCUUCACUUACCCGGCGGCCGCUGCCGCUGCUGCAGCCCUCCACGCCCAGGUGAGGGACCAACCGGUGUGUGUCUCUCUUAUCUUCUUUUCUCUUCAUAGCACACUUUUCUCCUGCACAAACUCUGCUCUGACAGGACAGGGACAUCGUACAGAUACAAAAGUGACUUGAAUGUAUCUUUUGAUUUUGAUGCACAGCUGCUAUUGAAUGCAGCAUUUUGAAGAGUUUCAUGUGCAGGUGAUUUUAGUCUUUCACCACAGCCAAACUAAACUGUAUUAACAGUGACUAACUUAAAGACUAGAUAUAAAUCACUACUAAAAGGAGAUCCAAGUGUUUGAUACAAUCCUAUUGGUUCUCAAAGGUAGGACAGUAACAGGCCACGUGGAGAAAACAUAGUCGUCAAGUUUGAAGUUGUUGGCUGCACAACUUGUUCCCAGUUUUAAUAUUCAGAAACGGGGAGCUGAGUGAAAUUUACAAAUCAUGAGUUAUUUUGUAAUAAAAUUUGUCGCUUUAGAGUGGAAAAUAUCUCUGAGGAAGUGAUGUGUGCAUUCUUUGAUGUAGUGUAACAUUACAAAAGCAUGCACUUAGCUUUAAUCCCUCUUUGUGGCUGUCAUCUGGCUGUUUUUGGCUCACAGCGUCCUUUAAUGGAUGAUUCUCAGACAUGGAGGUAUAAAUUUAUCCUUUAAUGGAGCUCCAUGCAUCACUGUCUCGUCAGUUUGCUGGCAGAAAAAAAAUGUCUUGCUGAUAAAAUGAGCAAUGAGUGUGCAGGACAAAAACAACUCCAGAGUGCAGACACAGGCUAAAUGCAAACCAGGCUCUAAGUUGAAGUUUGGACCAUAAACUUUCUGGAGCCUCGGAGUAUUGACAGUCAUUUUCUUUUAAUGUUUGAACUUACUCGUUCAGCCUGAUAUAAUUUUAAAGCAUGUUUUGAUUGAUAUCAUUUGUGAACAUUUGAAUAUAAGCUCCAUCAUGCCUGCUGAAAAUAAAUCGGAUGGGAGGGGAGCAGCAUGAAGUGUUUACAUUGUGGGCUAAUUGCAGUCUAAACGCUCCAGCUGUAGUGCUGCUGACUACAAGGCAGUGGGCUGGGCUUUUGGUUAACAAUAGCAAUGGAAAAUAUUUCUCUCGUUGGGUCAUUUAAAGUUCAUUGUGAUCUAACUUCCUUAAGCAGUGUAAAAGCAGAGGGGAGUGCUGCCCUGAAAAGGAGGCAGCUUAUUACAUGGGCCAUUUUGUCGGGCACAGGAGGCGGAGGAAUGUCAGGUAUUCGCUCAGAGAAAUUCAGUCAGACUUGAUGGUCUUCUCUGGAGGUGCCAACUUGCUGUCCACGUCCCUGUUGGAAUAUAAGCUGCCGUGUAGCCACAGAGAAGAGGGAAAGGCCUUUUUAAUUGUAAUCUGGUGAAAGAUCCCUAAAGAGCGCAGAGUUCUCUUCCAGCUGACUCUCAGCUUGGCUAGUUUGCAGCAGAAGUCUCAAUGGGUGUAUUUCAAAUCAGCUGUUGAUAACCUCCUGAGAUUAUAGAUCUGAGGGGCUACAUUGCAUUGGAUUCAGUUUGUGGUAAUGUGAGGCCUUAUUCUGCCACAGGUUUUAGUCCCAUACAGAAAUGUUGCAGGCAUACCAGCUGAUCACCCUGUGGAAAUGUUUAGCACAUGGAGAGGUCCAACCUUCACAUUUCCAUGCUCGCUAAUUACUCAAGGACCAUUGUCCUCAAUGAGCAGCUACAUGACCCACAUUCCCAUGGCUUCAGUGACCACGGCUUAAAGGGACAGUCUUCCGAAACCCGCUGGUCAAAAGUGCAUUUCAAAGAGUAUUAAUGUGUGAAAUCUGCAGGAUUGAAUCUCUGAAGCCUGGCUUUGGUCUGCUGUACAUGACUAUGUUUGUGUUUCUUUAGAUGCGCUGGUACCCUACUCCCUCUGAGACUUCCCAGCCUGGAUGGAAGUCCCGGCAGUUUUGUUAG